AUGACCAAAGAAUCUCAGUGCUGUGAGGAUGUUGCUGAACUAGUCCCCAAAACCGAGUCUGAGACGAUGAUCGUAGACAACUGCUGCAUACAGCUGGUGCAGACUCCUUACCAGUUUGAUGUGCUGGUGCUGCCCCAUCUCUACGGGAACAUUAUUGACAACCUGGCUGCUGGCCUGGUUGGGGGAGCUGACAUGGUACCUGGGGAGAGCCGCAGCGCAGAGUAUGCCAUUUUUGAGGUGGGUGCCCAGGACCCAUUCGCCCAGGCAGUGGGCAGGAAUAGAGUCGACCCCACAGCCAUGCUGCUCUCACCUUCCAACAUGCUACGACGCCUGAAUCUAGAAUAUCACUCCAGUACGACUGCAGGUGAGGUGAAGGAGGCGAUCAAAGUUGACAAGGUGCAAAAAGAUACGGGCGGCUAGAGCACCACAACGGACUUCAUCAAGUCUGUCAUUGCCCACUGGCAGCCAUAG